AUGGUCCGCAUCUCUGUCCUCAACGACUGCCUCCAGUCGAUUGUCAACGCCGAGCGCAAGGGCAAGCGUCAGGUUCUCGUCCGCCCUUCGUCCAAGGUCGUCGUCAAGUUCCUUAGCACCAUGCAGAAGCACGGUUACAUCGGCGAGUUCGAGAUCAUCGACGACCACCGUUCGGGCAAGAUCGUCAUCCAGCUCCUCGGCCGUGUCAACAAGUGCGGCUGCAUCUCGCCCCGCUACAACGUGCCCCUGGGCAAGAUCGAGCAGAUCAUCGCUCAGCUCCUCCCCGCCCGUUCGUUCGGUUACGUCGUCCUCACCACCUCGGCUGGUAUCAUGGACCACGAGGAGGCACGCAGGAAGCACACCGGUGGAAAGAUUCUGGGCUUCUUCUACUAA